AUGGCAGACUCCACAGACCUCAACCUGGAUGAUGCGCCCAGUGACCUUCAAGACAUUCCGGAGCUGGCCAUGCAAUUAGUACCCCCGCCUGAAGGUACAUAUCCUGAUAAGGCAACUCUUCUCGCUGCAGUCCAAGACCAUGGAAAGGAACAUGGCUACAACGUGGUUGUCAAAUCAUCAAGCACCCCUACCGAGAAGAAACCCGGCCGUACUGCCAAAGUAUGGCUGCGCUGUGAUCGCGGCGGACACUAUCGGCCACGCAACGGCUUGACCGAGGAGACGCGCAAGCGUCGCAGAACUUCACGCUUGAUGGACUGCCCUUUCAUGCUUGUCGCGGCCGGCUCUCCGGGUAUCUGGAGCCUGACCGUGUUGAAUGCCACGCAUAACCAUGGCCCCAUCAUUGAGAAGCCACGCCAAGUUCCUCACCACAAGGUGCGCAAGGGUCAACUACCAGCCAUCCCAUAUGAUUGGCCGCAUGAUGCAUCUUUUACUCCAUACACUACUGCACUUGUCAUCAUCGAUAUGCAAAAAGACUUUUGUUUGCCAGAAGGGUAUAUGGGAUAUCAGGGUUAUGACAUCUCUGCCGCACAGGCUUUGAUUCCACGCCUUCAAAGACUACUUCAUGCGUUCCGCUCCGGUGGUUUUCCGGUGUACCACACACGUGAGGGUCACCGCGCCGACUUGUCCACUCUUUCCAGUCGCGAAGCUUAUCGGUCUCGCAACAAUGCAUCGGGCUUAGGUAUCGGUUCUCCUGGGCCCAUGGGUCGUCUACUCAUCCGUGGUGAACUUGGCCAUGACACCAUUGAUGAACUUUACCCUCUUGUUGGUGAGCCAGUAAUUGACAAACCCGGACGUGGUGCAUUUGCGCACACUGAUUUCGAACUGCUGUUGCGCAACAAAGGAGUCAAAAACCUGGUUAUUGCAGGUGUGACUACCGACGUGUGUGUCUCGACUACCAUGCGCGAGGCCAACGACCGAGGCUUUGACUGUGUUGUAUUGGAAGACGGAACUGCGGCGGCCGAGCCAUCCCUGCAUCUAGGUACAAUUGAAUCUGUCAAGAUGGAAGGUGGAAUAUUUGGAACCGUCGCCAAGUUGGAAGAUGUCAUUCAUGCCGUCGAUAACUUCAAAGCUGUCACUAUGAAGAAACUGGCUCCUCACAUGACGGCCUAA